AUGUCCGCACUAGCUGAAUCCAAGGUGGCCGAUUGCGUCAACACCCGUCCGGCGGACGAUCUAGGUUCUGCGAGGCCUAGGAGAUGGCUCUACCGGACAUGGAGGAUUGGACCCUGGACAACUACCUACUACGCAUCCCCUCUGACGCAAGUCAUCCUCGUGUCCCUCCUCUGUUUCUGCUGCCCGGGCAUGUACAAUGCAUUGACUGGGCUUGGAGGAGGAGGCCAGCUUGACCCUACUGUUGCUAAUGAUGCAACUGUGGCUACCUACUCCACCUUUGCCGCUGUUGCUUUCUUCGCCGGUACCAUCCACAACAAGCUUGGCGUGCGUAAAACGCUAGUAAUGGGAGGGUUCGGGUAUGCCGUCUCGGUUUCCUCUUACAUCUGCUACAACUACACGGGUAACAGAGGAUACGUCAUCUUUGGAGGUGCCCUGGCUGGCUUUUGCGCGGCGCUUUUGUGGACGGCUCAGGGUGCUGUCGUCAUGGGCUACCCGGCCGAGUCUGCCAAGGGGAAGUAUAUCAGCUUAAACUGGGCUAUCUUCAAUAUGGGGGCCGUGAUAGGAGCCUUGAUUCCUCUCGGCAUGACGAUAAACGGGGCUGGAAGUAAUGUUGGGGAUGGCACCUAUAUUGCCUUCACCGUGAUUAUGCUCGUCGGCACGUGUUUAGGGUUCCUCCUUGUCAAGACCUCCCUUGUCAUUAGAGAGGAUGGCUCACACGUAGAGCUGCCUGCGCAGCCGUCGUGGAAGAGCGAGCUGAUUGGACUCUGGGAAACACUGCGCACCGACAUCUUUAUUGUAUUCCUUUUUCCGGUUAGUUACUACGUUCUUCUUGCUAUAUGUGCCAAGAUACCUGUUCUGACGCAGCUUCAGAUGUUCCUCUCCUCCAACUGGUUCUACACAUAUCAGUUCAACAACUACAACUUGGCGAGAUUCAACAUCCGCACGCGGUCACUGAACAACGUCAUUUAUUGGGCGAUGCAAAUCAUCGGAUCUUUCGUAUUCGGAUACGCUCUCGACUGGAAUCGCUUCUCCCGACCGGCCCGCGCUCGCGCCUCCUGGGUCGCACUCUUCCUCCUAACCAUGGCGACUUGGGGCGGUGGCCUGAAGCACCAGAUCGGGUUUGAACGAGCCGACGUCAAGCCCGUAGCAGAGGAGCGCAUCGACUGGACCGACUCCGAGUUUGCCCCUCUGUUUGUGCUCUACAUGUUCUGGGGUUUCUUUGAUGCCGUCUGGCAAACGUGCAUCUAUUGGUACAUGGGCGGAUUGUCGAACAGCCCUCGGAAGCUGUCCAUCUACGCCGGCUUCUACAAGUCUAUUCAGAGCACCGGCAAUGCGAUUGUUUGGCGCCUCGAUACUUUGCUCGUCUCUUACACUGUCAUGUUCGGGCUUGCCUGGGGGUUACCCGUGCUUGGUCUCAUUUGUUCGGUGCCCAUCGUAUGGUUCAAGAUUAAGGACCAUACAGCUUCAGAGGAGGUCAUGGUCGAAGGCCGGGCAGAAGAUGUUUGAG